GGCGGGGUUCGCAGGCGCUGGCCCCGGCCAUGUGGGACCCGCGCGGAGCUGGGGCGUGCGCGGCGGCGCUCGGCGGCGCGCUCCUCCUGCUGCUCCUCGCGCUCGGGGUCCGCCAGCUGCUGAAGCAGAGGCGGCCGACGGGCUUCCCCCCGGGUCCGUCGGGGCUGCCAUUUAUCGGCAACAUCUACUCGCUGGCAGCCUCGGCCGAGCUCCCCCAUGUCUACAUGAGAAAGCAGAGCCAGGUGUAUGGCGAGAUCUUCAGUUUGGAUCUUGGGGGUAUAUCUACUGUGGUUCUAAAUGGCUAUGAUGUUAUAAAGGAAUGCCUUGUUCAUCAAAGUGAAGUUUUUGCAGACCGACCAUGCCUUCCUUUAUUCAUGAAGAUGACAAAAAUGGGAGGCUUACUCAAUUCCAAGUAUGGCCGCGGAUGGGUUGAUCAUAGGAGGUUAGCCGUAAACAGCUUUCGCUAUUUUGGAUAUGGCCAAAAGUCUUUUGAAUCCAAAAUUUUAGAAGAAACCAAAUUUUUCAUUGACGCGAUUGAAACAUACAAAGGUAGACCUUUUGACUUUAAACAAUUAAUAACAAAUGCUGUUUCAAACAUAACCAACCUGAUCAUUUUUGGAGAACGAUUCACUUAUGAAGACACUGAUUUCCAGCACAUGAUUGAGUUGUUCAGUGAAAACGUGGAGCUGGCCGCCAGUGCCUCCGUCUUCCUGUAUAACGCCUUCCCGUGGAUCGGCCUCUUGCCCGUCGGGAAACACCAGCAGCUGUUCAGAAAUGCCGCCGUGGUCUAUGAUUUCCUCUCCGGGCUCAUUGAAAAAGCUGCUCUUAACAGAAAGCCUCAGUCACCUCAGCAUUUUGUUGACGCUUACUUAGACGAGAUAGAUCACGGUAAAAAUGACCCAACAUCUACUUUCUCCAAAGAAAACCUCAUUUUCUCCGUGGGUGAACUCAUCAUUGCUGGAACCGAAACUACAACCAAUGUGCUACGGUGGGCCAUGCUUUUCAUGGCCCUUUAUCCUAACAUUCAAGGACAAGUUCAAAAAGAGAUUGAUUUAGUUAUAGGACCCAGUGGGAGGCCUUCUUGGGACCACAAAUACAAAAUGCCUUAUACUGAGGCAGUUUUGCAUGAAGUUUUAAGAUUCUGUAAUGUAGUGCCUUUAGGGAUUUUCCAUGCCACCUCUGAAGAUGCAGUUGUACGUGGUUAUUCCAUUCCUAAAGGCACAACAGUAAUUACAAAUCUUUAUUCUGUACACUUUGAUGAAAAGUACUGGAAAGACCCAGAAAUAUUCUAUCCUGAGCGAUUUCUGGACAGCAGUGGAUGUUUCUCCAAGAAGGAAGCUCUGGUUCCAUUUUCUCUAGGAAGAAGACACUGUCUUGGAGAACAGCUGGCUCGGAUGGAAAUGUUCCUGUUCUUCACAGCACUGCUCCAGCGGUUUCACUUGCAUUUUCCACAUGAGCUAGUUCCCAGUCUGAAGCCCAGGUUAGGCAUGACACUGCAGCCCCAGCCCUACCUCGUCUGCCUGGAAAGACGCUAACGCCGCAUGGACGUUGUGUGGAACGAGGCUCUAUGCUCGCCUCGCCCCUGGACCUAGUUUAAUCAGUGUGUGUGUUUGGACAGAAGUCACAGCAUCACAAAGCCAA